GAUUGAAUACCUCAGUCCUGGGUUCCUUUUCAUUUGUUGUUGCCUAAUAUUUCACUGAGAAUGAAUGUUGGCGUUGUUGGUGUCUUCUUCUUUUAUAUGCAGACACACGAAGGAUAGCAUGAGAAGGAGGCAAAUUUGCAACAAAAAAAAAAAUAGGGAGCAAAAGUAGCUCUUGAUCGCCUCAACUUAAAAAAAAAAAAAUGGCUUCGUCAUUAUCGUCAAAGAAGGGCUCAACUAAGCUAGAAAUCGACAUUCAGAAGAUAAUUGAGCAGGCGAAGAAGCGCUGGCUGAAACCUGCUGAAGUCGAGUAUGUACUUCGUAAUUACAAGAAAUAUCAAUUUGAUUUAUGUUCGAAGCCUCCCAAUAAGCCAAUAGGUGGAAGCCUCUUCCUUUUUGACAAGAAGGCAUGCCGGUAUUUUCGGAAAGAUGGCCAUUCAUGGCAGAAAAAGCGUGAUGGAAAAAACAUAAAGGAGGCACACGAGAAACUGAAGGCAGGUAGUUUGGAGAUCUUGCAUUGCUACUAUGCACGUGCAGAGGAGAAUGAAAGGUUUCAACGGCGAUGUUAUUGGCUCCUCGAAGCUUCUCAGGAGCAUGUCGUUCUCGUUCACUAUCUCGAAACAGCUGAGGCUGCAUUGAAAUCCCGGGGAACCCCUAUGAAAGAGUCCUCAAUUCCUUCCUUGGAGGAAAGUUACAGGAGGAACUGCCCUGGGGCUCAACAGCUGCCUUCUACAAAAGUGCAAGGGAAACCUACAGAGGGAGAACCAGAGAUUAUUAGAUCUGAACGAGAAGAUCACAAUAUACAGCGGGGUGCUUCACCAGUAACGCCACCACAGGGAGCUGUUAACGAGCAGGAUGUUGUUGAGGAAGAGUUUGAUUUUUCAGAUUUGGACUCCGAUGGAGAAGCCUACGAGAUCGAAGACGCAGUUCUGGGUUUUGGUGAUGGUACGGGUGUCCAGGCUCAGAGCGUCUUACCAGUGACUAGCGACGGUGGCAUUCCAUCGACGGAGGACCCUGAUGCCGUGACUUCUCAGCAGAUGACAGUCGACUCACUGACGUCUGAGCUCGAAAACACUUCAAUUCAACUGGGUUUGGGGACACCGUUGACUAGCGAGGCUUGCAGCCGAAAGUUGCAGUCUGGAUCUACAGCUGACUUGUUUGUCCCAGAGGAUUUUGAAUUCGACAGACUUCCUGGUGCUCAGCUCUCUGCAGGCACCGACAAUAUGGAGCAGAGUUGGCAGAGUCAUUAUCUAGGUCCAAUGGUAAAUGGGCGAGGGCAGGUCGAUACUUCGCACUGCUCGCAACCAGAUAUGCAGGAGGAGGAGGUGUAUCGGCAACUAGGCCUGAGCUUUCCACCUGGCGGAGAAGAAUGUGAACCCGUUGAAGACUGGGUUGAGGAUCUAAUAAGUGAGACUGAUCAGAGACACAGUUCGGAGCAAACAUCGUCAGUCCCCUGGCAAGGGUGUCAGGUGGAGAACCAACUGCGUCCCUGUUGCGGGGAAGAUGACACAUGUGGACUGCAGAAUGCUCAGUGCAAGAGUGGAGAGAGAUUGUUAGAGGAGAAGUGGGAAACGGGUAACGCAUAUCACGUGGACUGUGGAGAUGUAGAGGGAGCGGAGAGAGACGAACUGCUAAUUCCAGAAAUGCAGCAUCUUGCGGAGGAGCAGAGGCUUACGUUGGGUGUGCAGGGAUGGACUGAUCAUUUUUGUUCUCCGAGGGUGGAUGAAGGUGGUUGGAUGAUCCAAGCGGCUGGUGAAAAUGAAAGAUUGAAUUUGAUGAACAGCGACCAACUACAAGAAAUGUCUGCUAGGGAAGUGCUUGAUGCUGAAGCAGAGUGCCUAGCCCCAGGAGACAUGUCCCACUAUCCAGUUGAUCAGCAUAUGGAAGUCUUCCAUCAAGCCUGCGCCCAGUGCAGUCCCAAUGAAGAGUCCCACCUUGGGACAGGCGGUUCCUGUUCACCACUAGAUUAUCCAUCGCACAAUCUGGAGCAGCAGCAGUCUUCUCAGAGCGCAAACCAUUUCUCCAUACCUUUUGAGCAGAGUCAUCAUGAUCUUUUGUAUAUUCCGCUAGACCUUCCAGGGGUCCUUCCUCCUCCCUCUCCUUCUCCUCCUCCUCCUGAUCCUUGUCAUCGUCAUCAUCAUCAUCAUCAUCAUCAUCAUCAUCAUCAUAUUUGUUGUGAACAACAAGAGGCGCAGGAGCAGCAACAACAUGCGCGACGACAGGAGCAGCAACUGCUGCACAGCUUGUUUACCCAUCCUGACCUACAGAUGCCCCAAUUACAUGAGCAGGGACAUCAGGGAGAUUCAGGCACACUAAUCCAGGGUUCAGAUUAUGACAUGGCAAAACAUCCUGGGGAUAGCAUCGGCUCAACUAACGUCAACUUACAGUCGAUGAGAAAUACAGCAUUGAAUCCAGUAGAGUUGAUGAAGCAUGACGCAGUGGGAACGGGAAUCAGUGAGGAGGUGGACUCUCACUUUCUAGAGUGUUUUGAAAGAUUGGUCAUCAGUAAGGAGGAGACAUGCUUGUCACCCUUUGGACAAGAUGACAACACUCAUCAGCAGACUGUGAGUAACCAUGGGUUUUUUAUCAACGACUUUGCACCAAGCUGGGUGUUCACUCAAGACCACCAAACAAAGGUGCUGGUUGCCGGACGCGUUCAGGACUCCUCAGUGAAGUCAUGGUUCUGUAAGUUCGGCGACGAAGAGGUUGAGGCUGAGGUUUUGCAAGAGGGUGUUCUGAGAUGUAAGCCACCAGUGCGUGAAAAGGCAGAAAAGGUUUUGUUCUCGAUAACUUGUGGCGAUGGCAAUGUGUGCAGCAAUGUCAAGGUGUUCGAGUACAAGAACCGGGGGAUGCCCAUUGAGGACAUGGGAUUACUUGUAAGGCUGGUCAAAGUAGUGCUGUCCGAUGAGACGGAAAGCGACCUCGCCAAUCAGGCUGUGAGGACCGGGUUAGAUCGUAAUCAAGGCCCUCUUGGCGAGUGGGAGUGGCUUCAUCGGGAAGAGUUAACGACAGCGUACGUGCAGGAGCAAUUGCUGCAGAUGUUGCUGAGAAGGAGGCUAUCGGAAUGGCUUUACAAACAACGCCGUCAGGCAUCAGAGACGGGAGGUGGAGGUGGUUGCCCCAUGAGCGGCUUCAAUCUGCUUCUCGAUGAGACAGGAAUGGGUGUUGCUCACUUUGCAGCUGCUCUGGGGUUCGAUUGGGCAGUGUCUAUCAUGAGAGCUGCACGGGCGAGUAUGGAUGCAUGCGAUAUCCGAGGCCGCACACCUCUGCAUUGGGCCUCAGCUUUUGGAAGGGAGACGACAGUAGCCACACUCCUUGCAGCAGGGGCAACUCCGGGACUGCUUUUGAGAGCAAGCUCUGAGCAUGAGGAUGGCUGGACAGCGGCAGAGAUCGCGGAAAUGGCUGGGCACCAAGGGAUAUCAGGACUUCUCUCACUGAGACUCCUUGAGAAGACGCAGGAGGCUAUGGCGAAGAAGGCGCCAGUGGAGGUGGACUUCAUGACCCGAAUGCAGGCGCAAGCUGCAGGCCACGAUGCUGUCUCCAGAGCUGUUAAUACCAUCAUCCCACUCCAAGGUUUCAAUAUGAUGAGUGUGCAUUUCGAUGACCCAAACUUAUUGGAGUCCAGAGAGGCUAUUCGGAGAGCGGGCGAGGCGGCCGCUCUUAUUCAGGCCAAUUAUCGCAAGUAUUAUUCGCAGAAGUUGGCUAAACAGCAGGAGAGGGCACAGAAACUGAGGACCAUGUUUGCCGCCCGGGUAAUCCAGAGGGCAUACAGAGGGUACCAAGUGUCGCAGUAUAACAAACGGUCACAAGCGGCCACAAAGAUUCAGAAGGCAUACAAGGGCUGGAAGGGGCGACGCGAGUUUCUAGCAAAACGAAAGAAAAUCGUCAAGCUUCAGGCACUGUGGAGAUGCCAGAGCCAACGGAAGCAGUACGUAAAGAUGAAACAAGCUUUGGCUGUGAUAGCGGUAGCAAUCAUGCGAUGGCGAAGCCGCUGGAGAAAGGCUCAGGAAAGACAGAUUUUGUGGGAAUCUGAGCAGAAGGAAGCUAUGAAGGCCCUUGUCUCUGACAAAGUGGGUGAGCAGUGGAGGAAUGUAGGUGGAGUUCAUUCUCCACGGACCAUCGAACGGGCUGUUGCCCAAGUACAGGAGCUUGCUCACAACCAACAAGCACAGGCAUCAUACCAUCAAAUGACUGAAGAGUACAUGGCGCAGAAGGUAAAGGAACAUGUGGUGUGCUUACCAACCCCUUUUAAUGACUCUGUUGGAUGGAGAACGCUGAUUGUGGGAAUGGCAGGAAUGAUGAAAGGGGCACAUCAAGUGCAAGAUCCAUUUCCUCAUCUGUACGCCAAUCCUUCCGAUCCUCAUCUCACAAAUGUCCCACCUUGAAAAUGCCUCUCCGCCCAUUUCCAUCCAUAAGCCCCUCUCGCCCCCUGCCAUGGGUAGGGUUCCCCUGCCUCAUCACAAAUAAACCGGUUAUCAAAGA